CCGUGAGGAGAGGGAAGUCGUCCGAAAUCUGGCUACAUGUGACGUCACGAGAUUUCCUUAGAACAAGCGGCAGCUGCUGAAGCUAGUCGCAGAGCCGGGGAGGACUAUCGCCGCAAUUUCUGUCGACAAAGUAUUAUUUUCGGGCAUUAUAAUUGGCCGCAGCAUCAGCAGCAAUGGAUAGAUCACGGUCCUCCUUCUAUUUUUAUCACUGACUGACUGUUCUUUCCAAAUAUUUUGCUGCGUUGGAAGCACGCAAGCGCUCGAAGGGGGGUGUCCCUAACUAUCAUUAUUCGACUGCCAGACCAGGUGAAAGGUUCCUCCAACACCACUUCCAGCAGCAUCUGGUCUCCCAUCCAGGGACCAAACGUGCCUAGCAUCAGAGGCUGAGUCACCGCUGGAGUGCCUUGAGAGAGCAAAGGAAGACGUGGAGAACAAGAGUGAAAGAGAGGCAGUGUGAGAGAGACGAUUAGGGGAGUAAAGAGUGAGGGGAAAACAGGAGUAGAGAGGGCCAAGGAAGUUGGGGAAAAGACGGCCCGAGACCACACACACAGAGACGGAGUGAGGAGAGGAGAGUGGGUGUGUGUCUGAGGAAGAGACAGCAAGGUCAGGACUGCUGACCCCCCCCCCCCCCUGGGUCUGAGCACUGGGCUGACGGUCAAGGCGAAGCCACUAUGAGCGACCAAAACGUUGUCAAGGAAGGCUGGGUUCAGAAGAGAGGUGAGUACAUAAAGAACUGGAGGCCGCGUUACUUCCUGCUGAAGACCGACGGAUCCUUCAUCGGCUACAAAGACAAACCCCAGGACGCAGACCUGGCCUAUCCCCUCAAUAACUUCUCUGUAGCAAAAUGUCAGCUGAUGAAGACUGAGCGGCCCAAGCCCAACACGUUCAUCAUCCGCUGUUUGCAGUGGACCACGGUUAUUGAGAGGACAUUCCACGUGGACACGCCUGAUGAGAGGGAUGAGUGGGCUGAGGCCAUCCAGAUGGUGGCUGACUCCCUGGCCAAGCAGGAGGAGGAGGGGAUCCUGUGCAGCCCCACGUCGCAGAUCGAGAACGAGGUCAACGAGGAGGAGAUGGACACCUCCACCAGCCAACACAAACGGAAGACAAUGAAUGACUUUGACUAUCUGAAACUACUGGGCAAAGGCACUUUUGGGAAAGUCAUUCUGGUGAAGGAGAAGGCGAGUGGAACUUAUUACGCCAUGAAGAUCCUGAAGAAGGAAGUCAUCAUCGCCAAGGACGAAGUUGCUCACACCCUCACAGAAAGCAGAGUGUUAAAAAACACCCGGCAUCCAUUCCUAACAUCUCUGAAGUACUCUUUUCAGACCAAGGACCGGUUGUGCUUCGUCAUGGAGUAUGUAAACGGAGGAGAGCUGUUUUUCCAUUUGUCAAGAGAGCGAGUGUUCUCUGAGGACCGCACGCGAUUCUACGGAGCUGAGAUCGUCUCCGCUUUAGACUACCUUCACUCUGCCAAGAUAGUGUACCGCGAUUUGAAGCUGGAGAACUUGAUGCUGGAUAAAGACGGACACGUCAAGAUCACGGAUUUCGGCCUCUGCAAAGAGGGCAUCACAGACGCGGCCACCAUGAAGACCUUCUGCGGCACGCCGGAGUACCUGGCUCCAGAGGUGCUGGAGGACAAUGACUACGGCCGGGCGGUGGACUGGUGGGGUCUGGGCGUGGUCAUGUAUGAGAUGAUGUGCGGCCGGCUGCCCUUCUACAACCAGGACCACGAGAAGCUGUUUGAGCUGAUCCUCAUGGAGGAGAUCAAGUUUCCGCGCACGCUCUCCUCUGACUCCAAGUCUCUGCUCUCCGGCCUGCUCAUCAAGGACCCCAACAAACGACUCGGUGGCGGUCCAGACGACGCAAAGGAGAUCAUGCGCCACAGUUUUUUUGUGGCAGUAGACUGGCAAGACGUCUACGACAAAAAGUUGGUCCCCCCCUUCAUGCCCCAGGUCUCCUCAGAGACGGACACCCGGUAUUUUGAUGAGGAGUUCACGGCACAGACGAUCACCAUCACUCCCCCGGAAAAAUACGAUGAAGACGGGAUGGGCGAGGGUGACAGUGAACGGAGGCCUCAUUUCCCACAAUUCUCGUAUUCGGCCAGCGGACGGGAGUGAAAGUCAUUGCCAGUCAGCCAGUAUUGCCCCCCCGCCGUUUCGAGGAAAACACGUAGCCAUUUUAGGAAAAGUCUCCCCUCUUUUCUCCUUCUCUGUAUUCAAGUGCAGACUGGGAGAAGUCGUCUUUUUAGGGACUAUAAAAGGGGUUUUGCACAGUGGGAUAGACUCAAGCUGGUCUCUCCACACAAAAAAAAAAGUAUCUUACAUUUUCAACGCUAUAUACUGCAGAAGGCAAUGUUUUUGUUAUGUAUUUUUAUCCGUCAGUAUUAGGUUGUCGACCUGUUACGUUCUUUGUCCGUUUUUUAUUUUAUUUUCAACUUUUUUGCACUUGGUUUGGAAGAGCCGUUCUAGGGAACAAAACCAAAAAUGUUGCCUUACGUGUGCAGAUGUUUCGUAUCAUACAGACAGGGUUUGGGUCGGGGGGCUUGUGGCUCAUUCAAACUAUUAUUUUUCUCAUAUACAAUGCCAUGGCGGCGCACAUUCUCCAAUCCCAUGGCAACGAGAAUCACUGUCUACUAAAAACAACAAAAAAGACAGAACUGACGGAGUUUAUUUCUUUUCAUCCUUUUUGACCUUUUCAUUUUCUGCCAGAGAUUUCUACUUGGUUAUUGUUUGACAGAAACACUAAACUGCCAGAUACUGCACGGUUCACUCAGGCAACACAGAGCACAACCGCAUUCAACUCAGCUACCAGUUUAGCUUUACACACCCAUCAGGGAAAAGCUACCAUGAAUAUACAAGCCUUUUUUGCAUCUUUUUCCACAGUCAUUUGAUUUAAUAACUUAUUUUCAUAGCUAUAGAAAAAAGUGGUAUGGAUAUUUACACAAGGUAUGUGGCUUAUACAGGUCCACCUUGUGCUGUCAUCACACACACACACUAACAUCAGAGCCAGCUCUGAGCUCUGCUGAUAUAACUUGUGACAGACUAUGAAAUCUGUAUCUGUAAAAAAAAAAAAAAAGAAGCAUUAUCUCCCCAUCAAUCACACACACACACAUACACUUGGUUUUCUUCCCAAAUCGACAAGGUGGGCGGAAGGCAUCAAUAAUUUCUAACCAUGUUGGGCCACAGAUCAUGUGAAACUGAGCCAUGAAUAUACUUGUGUAUGAUGAUAGGAUGAGAACUGUGAGAAUGGAGAGAGAAAAGGAAAGCAGUUCCCCCCCCACACCUUUUGUGAUGUAAAUAUGCAAUGCCUUUUUUUGUUCUUAGUGGCGUCUUGGCCAGACAUGAACUUAUGUGUGUGACUGUACUUCAAGCUUGCUGACGAGAACCAAGACCGGAGGAAAAGAAAGACUGAGAGCUACAUUUUGGGUUAAAACAACGUAAACUACAAUGUUAAAGACUGGCUGGAAGCUCCCAUUUUGUGGCUGUCAUCGUCGCCUCGACCUGUCUGUUCAGAAGAGGUUUCCAUGGAGAUGAGACCUCUUUUCGCUGUUGGUCGAAUGGAUUGACACACAUUGUAAAUGUUUUAUUUUUCCCUUUCCAAUGGGACCAUGGUCAAUUCUGCAGUGAUAUAUGGUUACAUCAGGUUGUUACCAUUUUCCCCCCCCCCCCCUUUUUAUUUUUUUGUACCAUAGUACUAGUUUUAUUUAUGUUUGUCAUUCUAGACAGUGUUACCCAGUCUUGUUCAGAGUCAAAAAGGCACCUCUCUUUCAGCCGCUGAAGGACGAUAUUGUUGGAUGCAUUACUAAAGUCGUUUUUUUUAUCCAAUUGUUUUUUGAUUGUUUGCCUGUUUGUUUUCUUACCAAAACAUUAGGGCAAGAAACCAAUAGUGGACUUGCAUUGCCGUGGUAGUAUUUAUUUUGAAUUAAAUUAAAGAAUACAUUUCAGGGUU